GGGCCUGGAGACCUGAAGGCAGUCUGGGCAGACAGGGGACACAAGAGGGGUUGGCUAGGGGCCUCAGCAACACUUGCUGCUGGGUGGAAAAUUGUAAACAGCCAAAGAAUGUUGUUUGCUUGCAUGAAGCCAAGGGAGGCUGCCCAGGUCCGUGGGGAGAGGCAGCCAGGCCAGGAGCAGGGCAGGGCCUCAUCUUGGAAGCCUGAUGCUCCUCUAGGCUCCCUCCUGAUGCCCCCUGGUCCUUCUCCCACUGCUGCUAGAUAGGUUCCAGGGACUACCUACCCUAUGGGGCACCGGUCACCUUGAGAUCCAGCAGGAAAGAGCCGUCUCUACCUGCCCAACCCUUGCUCCCAUUCCACUCAUGGGGAGGCCACUGUCUGCAGCCAGUCUCAGCUGCCUGAGCCGGUCACCCGAUCCACCCUGUAGCCCUGCAAACGUUAUGAUCCUGGGGCAGAGUCCAGGGCUGCUGAAGGCUCCUCCGCACACGCCUGCUGAACCCUGGGCGCCCUGAGCUGCCGGCAUGGGGCGGGCCGAGGCCGCCGCCAUGAUCCCAGGCCUGGCCCUUCUCUGGGCAGCAGGGCUGGGGGAUGCUGCCCCUAACCUUCCCCGCCUUCGGCUCUCCUUUCAAGAAUUACAGGUGCAGCAUGGUGUCCGAACCUUCAGGCUGGAACGGACCUGCUGUUAUGAGGCCUUGCUGGUGGACGAGGAGCGUGGACGCCUGUUUGUGGGUGCUGAGAACCAUGUGGCUUCCCUCAGCCUGGACAACAUCAGCAAGAGAGCCAAGAAGCUGGCCUGGCCGGCCCCUGUGGAAUGGCGAGAAGAGUGCAACUGGGCAGGGAAGGACAUUGGUACCGAGUGCAUGAACUUCGUGAAGCUGCUACACGCCUAUAACCACACCCAUUUGCUGGCCUGCGGCACUGGGGCCUUCCACCCAACCUGUGCAUUUGUGGAAGUGGGCCACCAGCUGGAGGAACCCGUGCUCCGACUGGACCUGAGGAAGCUGGAGGACGGCAAGGGGAAGAGUCCUUACGACCCGAGGCACCGAGCUGCCUCCGUGCUGGUGGGGGACGAGCUGUACUCAGGGGUGGCGGCGGACCUCAUGGGCCGAGACUUUACCAUCUUUCGCAGCCUGGGUCAGAAUCCGAGUCUCCGGACAGAGCCCCAUGAUUCCCGCUGGCUCAAUGAACCCAAGUUUGUCAAGGUCUUCUGGAUCCCAGAGAGCGAGAACCCUGAUGACGAUAAGAUCUAUUUCUUCUUCCGUGAGUCCGCAGUGGAAGCAGCACCAGCAAUGGGACGCAUGACAGUGUCUCGCGUUGGCCAGAUCUGCCGGAAUGACCUGGGCGGCCAGCGCAGCUUGGUCAACAAAUGGACCACAUUUCUGAAGGCGCGGCUUGUGUGCUCGGUACCUGGAGUGGAGGGUGACACCCACUUUGACCAACUUCAGGAUGUGUUCCUUUUGUCCUCUCGGGACCGCCAGACGUCACUUCUCUAUGCCAUCUUCUCCACCUCCAGUGGCAUCUUCCAGGGCUCUGCUGUGUGUGUGUACAGCAUGAAUGAUGUGCGCCGAGCCUUCUUGGGACCUUUUGCUCACAAGGAGGGACCUACACAUCAGUGGGUGUCCUACCAGGGUCGCGUCCCCUACCCACGACCUGGCAUGUGCCCCAGCAAGACUUUUGGCACCUUCAGCUCCACCAAGGACUUCCCAGAUGAUGUAAUUCAAUUUGCUCGGAACCACCCUCUCAUGUACAACUCCGUCCUGCCGAUGGGGGGGCGCCCUCUCUUCCUACAAGUGGGAGCAGGCUACACCUUCACCCAGAUCGCUGCAGACCGAGUAGCAGCUGCUGACGGACACUACGAUGUUCUCUUCAUUGGUACAGAUGUGGGCACCGUGCUGAAAGUGAUCUCAGUCCCCAAGGGCAGCCGACCUAACUCUGAAGGACUUCUCCUGGAAGAGCUGCAGGUGUUUGAGGACUCUGCCGCCAUCACCAGCAUGCAGAUCUCCUCUAAAAGGCACCAACUCUACGUGGCAUCACCCAGCGCAGUGGCCCAGAUUGCUUUGCACCGUUGCACUGCCCUUGGCCGCGCAUGUGCAGAAUGCUGCCUGGCCCGUGACCCUUACUGUGCCUGGGAUGGGUCAGCCUGCACACGCUUCCAGUCUACUGCCAAGAGGCGGUUCCGGAGGCAAGAUGUAAGGAACGGUGACCCCAGCACCCUGUGCCCCGGGGACUCCUCUCAUCCUGCGCUGCUGGAGAGAAAGGUCUUAGGUGUGGAGAGAGGCAGUGCUUUUCUAGAGUGUGAGCCCCGCUCGCUCCAGGCCCAUGUGGAGUGGACCUUCCAUCGUGCAGGGGAGGCAGCCCACACCCAGGUGCUGGCUGAGGAGCGCGUUGAGCGGACUGCACGGGGGCUGCUGUUGCGUGGUCUGCGGCGCCAGGACUCUGGCGUGUAUCUGUGCGUGGCAGUUGAGCAAGGCUUUUCACAGCCACUGCGUCGCCUGGUACUUCAUGUCCUGAGUGCGGUACAGGCUGAACGACUGGCACGGACCGAGGAGACGGCAGCCCCCGCACCACCAGGCCCUAAACUCUGGUACCGGGACUUCCUGCAGCUGGUGGAGCCAGGCGGCGGCGGAGGUGGAGGCGUGACCUCCCUGCGAAUGUGCCGCCCGCAGUCAGGGCCCCACUCUGUGGCCGCAGAAUCUCGUCGUAAGGGUCGCAACAGGCGGAUGCAUGUCUCUGAGCUGCGUGCUGAGCGUGGACCACGUAGCGCAGCACACUGGUGACUGGGUGGUCCCCACACUGGGGGGCCAGGAUGGAUAUGACACUCAGAGGAGGGGGCAGACAGAUGCCAGGAAGGCAGAUGAGUUGUGGCUGGGGCACACUGAGGUCCUCGGACCAAUGGGGACACCUAACCCAUAAGUAGGCCCUGGCCAAAGGGUAGCUUAUUUAUUAACAAAAUAACUCGUGAACGUAGCC